CUGCCCUUCUUCACCCUGUGACGCCCCGCGGUUGUGUGACUGUGAAGCACCACUUCGCAGUAGACCAAGACGGGAGUCGGCGGCGACAUCAUGGGCAACUCGACAGGCAGCACGGUGGACGACCUGCAGGCGGUGGAGAUGCACCUGUGGUACAAGAAGUUCAUGACUGAGUGCCCGUCGGGUCAGCUCACCCUGCAUGAGUUCAAGCAGUUCUUUGGGCUGCGCGGGCUGGACCCCGAGGCCAACGCCUACAUCGAGCAGAUGUUCCGUACCUUCGACAUGAAUAAGGACGGCUACAUCGACUUCAUGGAGUACGUGGCGGCGCUGAGCCUGGUGAUGCGCGGCAAGAUGGAGCACAAGCUGCGCUGGUACUUCAAGCUCUACGACGUGGACGGCAACGGCUGCAUAGACCGCCAUGAGCUGCUCAACAUCAUAAAGGCCAUUCGCGCCAUCAAUGGCAACGAAAACCAGGAAACGACGGCAGAGGACUUCACAAACAACGUGUUUGACAGGAUCGACAUCAAUGGCGAUGGCGAACUCUCCCUGGAGGAGUUUGUGGCAGGCGCUCGCACAGACAACGACUUCAUGGAGGUGAUGAUGAAAAGUCUGGACCUGUCCCACAUCGUGGCCAUGAUCCACAACAGAAGGCACAGCGUUUAGGACAAUUAUUUGUAUUAUUCAGUGAUUAUGCCAUAUUUAGGUUACUGUAUCACAAGAUGAACGCUGACAAAUAAUCCACACUUAAAUUGAUGGAAGUUAUCUAAAAAAAAAAGCAUUACAAGUAUUUGAAAAAUGGCCCACUGUGUUGCAUCAUUGCAGAAUACUCGAGAAAUAUAGCCCACUCAAUAGGAAAAAUAAAGUAUGCUGAUUCACUUCUUGUAUAUACAAUGCUUAAUAACCUAGAGCACAGCCUCUCAAAAAGUUGAAGUUUUUAUUAUGAAAUAUGUAUUUUAUCAACUGUUUUAUGUAUUUGUGUAAUGUACAAGGUCAAUGUAUGGCAGUGAGGGUCUGCAACAGCAUUUUGAUACUUAAAUCUUGGAAUUGUACGUGUAAAUAUUGUGAAUGUUUUCAUUUUAAAAUCAACUUGCCAAGGUACUAGAGAUGGAAUUUCACCAUUAGUUAUACUAUCACAUACUGUAUAAUACAUAUCAAAAGUUAAUUAAUAUUUGAAUAACCUAAAUCUAAAACAAAUAUUUUUAUGUGUAAAUUUCCAACAUGUUUAAAUAAGUUGCGAGGAUGCAACACAGAAUCAUCGUGAUUUCAUUUUUUUGAUUUGAAGUGCUUGUUUGUACAAUAAAAUAAAGAUGAUCACUCGU